UCUGUAGCGAAGCGUAUGCAUAGCUCAGACGUACUCAACAGUAUCCAGUGGUAUCAGUAUCAGUGGUGACAGCCGGUAUCGAAUCGCCAAGUGCACCCUGCAUCCCCGGUACGGCAGUAGUCAGUACUGCAGCAGCAACGCAAAAUUUUAUUUUUCACUCCGCUGGCCGCAUACGUGUACGCGCAGUCACUACACUGAGUCAGUGGGGUGAAUCUAUUUCGGAGCCACAAUCUGUGCAUGCAGUGCAGCCUUCCUAUCGAUAUCCCAUCAGAGUAACUCCCAUUUUGUUCUUCCGCCGUUGAGCCUUCACUACUUGGACUGACCGUGAUUUGUUGCGAUUUUCGAGCUCAUUUGGUCGUGGUGACUAUCGAUUGGUUUGCGCCCCGUGAUCCGAUAGUGUUCCGUCAGCUCCAGCUGCUAAUCCACAGUCGGUGAGAAUCGACCUGAGCAAGUGCUAGUCGUGUGGAGCAAGUCAGUGACCUGUACGGACGACGCCUCAUCGCUAACACCAGCUCGAGGUCGCCACUACUGCAGUGCUGCUUUCGCGUGUUGGGAUUAGUCGUGCUCGCAGUUUCGUGGUACGUUACAAGUGAUUUGCCAAGAUGCAGGCCAUCAAGUGUGUCGUGGUAGGAGACGGAGCCGUGGGUAAAACAUGCUUGCUAAUCAGCUACACCACUAAUGCUUUCCCCGGUGAAUACAUCCCAACUGUGUUCGAUAACUAUUCUGCCAAUGUGAUGGUAGAUGGCAAGCCGAUCAACCUGGGUCUGUGGGAUACUGCGGGUCAAGAAGAUUAUGAUCGCCUGAGACCUCUCUCCUACCCACAGACGGAUGUUUUCCUCAUCUGCUUCAGCACCAUUAGCCCGGCAUCUUUUGAGAACGUCCGUGCAAAGUGGUUUCCGGAAGUAUCGCAUCACUGUCCGAACACCCCAAUCAUUCUGGUCGGAACUAAGCUGGAUUUGCGUGAUGACAAGGAUACCGUGGAGAAGCUCAAGGAGAAGCGGCUUGCACCGAUCUCUUUCACAAAUGGUCUGCAGAUGCAGAAAGAGAUCCAUGCAGUCAAGUAUCUCGAAUGCUCUGCGCUGACGCAGAAGGGACUGAAGCAAGUGUUUGACGAGGCAAUCCGGGCUGUAUUGCAUCCUCAGCAGAAGCCAAAGAAGAAGAAGGGGUGCAUGAUUCUCUAAGGAGACAUUAUGCUUGUCAGCUGUGGUUCCGUGUACCGGUCACAAUGGGCCCGCAAUCCGAUCUGAACAUUAAUUUGACGUGGUGCAAUGACUUCUGCACUGACGCCAUCAUGUGCCACCUUGCUACUGGGAAAAAAAGGACAGUAUCAUAGUAUCAAUUGCUCAUCUUCUUCUGUUGUUUCCGUCCGAGUGCGUGUGUGACUGCUGUGGUAGCCGCCGCCGUUGCUCCAUCCCGGCGAGCAUGGAGAACUGUUAGUCCCUGAGAGGUGCCAACACAUUUUGCCGAACCUGUAUGCCAGUAGCCGCAAUUGAGCUGUACGAGUGCGUAUGCUUAUGCCUAUGUGUCGGUUGGUCCUACCAGCGGCCAUCGUCGUUCCUGUAUAUUGCCUAACAUUAUUUGAUCCGCUGCUGCUGCUGUUGCUACUGGCUAGUACUGCUGCUGUUCCGAUUUUUCAAUUUGUGUAGUAAUGGUGACUAUAAUCUAAUAUACAUAGCUUCCGCUGUAGUUCAGUCGGCGUUGCACGCUUGCCAGGCAAACUGUUCCCAAGUAAUUAUUUCCCACAGUUUGGUCCCCUUAUGAGCUGUACUCUUGUGAGCCGCUGGGUGAGUACUUUGCUGGGAAGCUCAGUCCUCGACCUGGCCACACGGUUGUUGCUGCUGCUGCAUCAUACGGUAGUCAUCAAUUGCCGCUUUGUUGGCAUGCCAUUUGACUUUGCGUCUGCACGUCAUGUCUGCAUACUAGUACGUGUAGUGCAUGAUCAUAUCUGAAACACUCCCCGUUACUCCUGUGUAUUGCAUUUUUCCUGCAUUCCGAUCUGGACAACGGAUUAUCAAACUUUGAAACUUGCGGCACAUCAGUUCUUUCUGUUCCCCAUGCACUUGGUUCUUCAACGGCUUUCUUUCCUUGUGUGCUACUUAUAGUUGAAUGGCUGCACAUUGUACUUUGUGUCUGAGGUAUUUGCACAUACUGUGCUUUACA